AUGGCAGGAAAGAGAAUAGCUAGAAAAGCUUUAGACUUAGCAUUAGGUACCCUAAAAAAAAUCAAGCCCGCAGUCAAAAGCAUUUGGGGCGGCACAAAAGAGAAAAUAAACCAGCCAGUAGAAAAACUAGAAAAAACUAUAGACAACGCGGUAACCUCUCUCUCUGAAAAACUGAAAACUGAAAGAGAUAAACAGUUACCUGAAGAAUAUGAGUACCUUAAAAAGGAGUUAGAUGAUGUUAAGAAGAAACUCGGGAAAAGGCCCCCUUCUGCGCAGUCAGAUACGACGGUUAAGAAGGAUAAGAAGAAAUGA